AUGAGAGUUGGUUUUCUAAUAGCUCUGUACUUAUCAAGUGCCCUAGCUGCUUUGCCUACUAUCUCAAACCUGACAUGCUCCAAUGAUGACGAUUGCUCACUUCUCAACCAGCAGCUACCAGGUUGGGCCUAUAGUAAAUCUGCAGGGUAUUUAUGUGUACUGCAGCCAGCAACCUCUGUAUCGAAAUGCACAUACAAAGUCGCUGCUGGUGAACUGUGCAGUGCUGCAACCGAUUGUGCUGUCGCAGAGUACAUAUCUAGGGCUCAACGAAGUGGUAGUACCUUUACCGUCCCACCGGUUAUCUCCUCAAACAUAUCUGGGUACCUCUCUACCCUCUGCGCGCCCCAGUAUUGUAGCAUACAGUCAACAUGUGACUCGUCUAGUGAUCCGCUCUUUCCUACCUCAAGUAGUGGGAGUAUUGAGUACCCUGCCCCCUUCACAUGUUGUGGAGGUGCUCCAGAUACUUGGCCAUGUGCCAAAAUGGGCCAGUUCCUAGACUCGUGUGCUUCCGAUGAAGUGUGUACAGCUGCUAAUGGAGCCUCAACCUGUGUAUCUAUAAAUGCCAAAAGUCAGCAGUGGAUUGGGAUAGUCUUGACAUUGAUGGGUGCUGCUACCCUAAACGUGGGACUGAAUCUACAGAAACUGGCAUUGCGUAAACGUAAUGAAAAGAUACAGGAAAAGAAGGCUGAAGCUCGUAGUCGAUUCCGUACUUUGGCACGUGGCACUUUUAGAUUUACAUGGUCAAAGGCAUCCAUGGGUCGAGCACGAACAAAAUCGGGAUCUAGCUCGAGAUUUAAUCCUAAUGGAACACCAGAUACAUAUCCAUUGACUCCUACUAUAGAGCGACCUGCAUUGCCACCAUCAUCAUUACUACAGGAUUCCAACAUGAAUACAAUAAUAGAUGACAACACACAAACCGAUGGACCAGACUCUGAUAUCAACUCCAGUGCUGGUACAUUGGUGCAAGCUACCAUAGUAGAUGACUUUGACAAGUCGAUUGAGCCUCCACAGCCAUAUAAUGAAAACGAUAAUAUCCCAUUAGCUAUCCCUGUAUCAGCUCAACCGUCAACGUCAAAUGGUGCAUCAGUUGUUGGAACAGAAAUGACUAGCAAUAAUUAUCCACCUGGUGAAUCUGCACAACCAAAUGCACAAUUACAGGCUGAUGAUGUAAAUCUGCAAACGAAGUUGAAUUUCGGUAAUCUCUUCCAAAAUCCUACUUGGAUUCUGGGACUGGCUGUCUUUAUUGGCGGCAAUAUCAUCAAUUUUGUUGCAUUACAAUUCGCUCCACAGUCUCUGGUGGCUCCAUUAGGCUCCAUCUCAUUGGUUGUUAACGUCAUUGUUGCACCAUGGAUUAACAAGGAACGCUGGGGUUGGAAAGAUAUUGUUGGUGUUAUCAUGAUUGUUGGAGGUUCCAGUAUGGUAGUUGCUUUCUCAGGCGUGGCCUCAAAGGAUUACAAGCUUUGUGUACUGUUGGUUCUGUUCUCAGCCACAAACACUAUUGUCUUCUUGACCGUGACUGGAGGAUUGAUUCUUACUCUCUACUUCAUGAUUUGCAUCGUGGAGAAGAAUGUUGAUUUUGGUGUACCUGGAGCCACUGCUCGAGCCUUGACAAAGGAAGGACAUUCUUCAUAUGCAGUCUUAAUGGAUCGAGUGGCUGCUUCCCGAGUCAGCACUAGUGGCACAACAACAUCAGCAGCCACAUUUGAUUCACGUCAUAAUCUGCUGCGAAAUCCAGCACAACGAGCACUUGGGCUCUUCAAUCAUCGAUCUCACCUCCCUUCAUCCUUUUUAUCACAUCCUGCUGAAUCUGCAACAACAACAGUAACACCAGCAGCAGCUGCUGCUACCUCUCAAAGACCAUCUGAUACCCCUGCUGGAGUAGCCGACCCUAUAACAGCUAGCAAAGCAGCCGCCUCAUAUUCACCUUUUGCCUCAACAUUCUCUGAAUCAACAACAUCCGUUGAACCUACAACGGCUCCCAGUAGUCCAACUGCGUCGACAUAUCACUUGUCGGAGUGGGUCAAGCAUCCGAAUGAUCCACGAACGUGGCCUAGACCGUAUCGGAACCUUCAUACGUGGUGGCAUAGUAUAGAUAUACUGCCUAGAUUUAGUAAGAAAAUACCAUUGUCGAGUCCGUGGGUGGUUCUCGCGUUACCCUUCACAUAUGCCUCUCUCGGAGGUCUGAUGGGAACCAUAACGGUCUUGUUUGCCAAAUCGACAAGUUAUCUAUUGUCGAUUAGUUUUACUGGCAACAAUCAAUUCAAUAACUUUUUUGCAUUCUUGAUUACUGGGAUUACCGUCGUCACUGCUAUCGGUCAGGUGUAUUGGAUAAACAUGGGCCUUCAGCGCUACGACGCGCUCCUCCAAAUCCCAGUAUAUUUCGUCGUAUGGACACUCUUCGAUGUCGUUGGAGGUGGUAUCUACUUUGAUGAAUUCAACGGCUUCACUGCACUCCAGUAUACACUCUUCAUCCUCGGAGUAGCAGUUAUAUUCUCUGGAGUUAUAGUACUAGCUGAUCGACUGAAGCGUAUUGAAGUCGAUGAUCAGAUGAUUUCAAAUGCGAAUUUGAAUGCCCAGAUUGCUACCAUCACGGAGCAGCAGCAGGCAUUACAGGGUGAGGUUACUGGUGCUAGUAGUAGUAGUGGGAGUGGGGCUAGUAGCAGUGUAUAA